AUGACAGAGCCCAGGGUGGUUGGGCUGAAAAGUCCGGAGCAGGCCGUUCCCAGACCUGCGCCAACAGGCCUUGAAGGCGAUGGAACUGUGCACGAUGCUGUAAGAGACCUCAUCGCCACCUAUCACGACCUAAACCCCACCACCAUCGAUGAACUCCACGAAGAACCCUCCCCCCUCGAAUUCUUGCGCUACGUCGCCCGCAAUCGUCCCUUUGUCGUCCGGAAAGGCGCAACUUCCUGGGCAUCUCACAAGAAGUGGAACGCCGCUUAUCUCUCGAGCAUCAUGGGCUCCAUUCCCGUCAACGUCGCAAUCACGCCGCAUGGAAAUGCAGAUUCCAUCCUGCACCUCUCGCCCACGCACGCCCUCUUCGUCAAGCCCUUCGAGACGGCCAUCCCCUUCUCCACCGCGCAAUCCCACAUCCAGAACCAAGAACUAGAUCCUGCGUGGAGUAAGCAUAACGCGACGUACUACCUGCAAACGCAAAACGACAAUCUGCGAGGCGAGUACGCGACGCUGUUCGCGGACGUUCCGGCGAGCAUAUCGUGGGCGCGCAUCGCGCUCGAGAACGACGCCGACGCCAUCAACUUCUGGCUCGGCAACAGCGGCAGCACGACGGCGCUGCACAAGGACAACUACGAGAACGUGUACGUGCAGGUGCUAGGGCAGAAGCACUUUGUGCUGCUUCCACCGGUCGAGGCGCCGUGUGUGAAUGAGAGGGCGGUGCUGGCGGCGACGUAUGCGUGUGGUGGGUCGCCAGAGUCAGAUGUCCUUCAGAAGGAGGAUAUGGUAGCGAAUAUUGACGGCGCAGGGGAGGGAGAGGAGGAAGCUUACGUCCCGUUUGCGACGUGGGACCCGGAUCAACCUGAGGAGCAUGCGACGCCGUUCUCGCGGUAUUCGCAGCCGCUGAGGGUGACGCUGGAGGAGGGCGACAUGCUGUAUCUGCCUGCGCUGUGGUAUCACAAGGUGAGCCAGAGCUGCAAUGCGGAGGGCUUGUGCUGCGCGGUGAAUUACUGGUAUGAUCUGGACUUUACUGGGGGGUUCUGGGCGAGCAGCUCGUUUGUGCGAGGUGUGGGGCUGCUUGAGGAGCAGAGAUGGAGGGAGGCGCAUGAGGAUACUGAGAAUGGCGCGAAGCAGGUGCGGGAAUCGACUUGGUUGUAG